AUGCGCGAAACAAUGGCACUAAGUGGGAACAGCAAAAACGCAUCUCAGAUCAAAGAGCACCAGGGCUCCACUCCUAAUUCCUUCCCCGACGUCGUGGAACUGAACGUGGGAGGGCAGGUUUACUACACCCGCCAUGCCACCCUGGUGAGCUCCCCCAAUUCGCUGCUCGGCAAAAUAUUCUCCAGCAAGAAGGAUCACUGCAAGGAUCUGGCUCGGGACCCCAAGGGACGCUUCUUCAUCGACAGAGACGGCUUCUUGUUCCGAUACGUGCUGGAUUACCUGCGGGACAAGCAGGUGGUCCUGCCCGACCACUUUCCCGAGAGGGGCAGGCUCAAGAGGGAGGCGGAAUACUACCAGCUUCCAGAUCUGGUGAAGAUCCUCACCCCCGAGUACCCGAAGCAGAGUCCGGACGACUGUUUCCAUAGCGACUUCGAAGACGGCUCUCAAGGCAGCGACCACAGGACGUGUCCGCCGCCGGGCCCCGGCUUGGCUCUGUCCGACAGGAGGUUCGGCUUCAUCACCGUGGGCUACCGGGGCUCGUGCACCGCGGGCAGGGACACCCAACGCGACGCGAAAUUCAGAAGGGUGCCCCGGAUCUUCAUCUCGGGCAGGAUCGCCUUGGCCAAGGAGGUCUUCGGGGAGACCCUCAACGAGAGCAGAGACCCCGACAGGACGCCGGACAGAUACACGUCCAGGUUCUACCUGAAGUUCAAGCACCUGGAGCGAGCCUUCGACAUGCUGUCCGAGUGCGGCUUCCACAUGGUGGCCUGCAACUCGUCCGUGAGCGCGUCCUUCGUCAACCAGUACACGGAGGACAAGAUCUGGUCCAGCUACACGGAGUACGUCUUCUACCGUGGGCCGGCCAGGUGGUCCUCUCCAAACUGCGACUGCUGCUGCAAGGAGCACAAGGAAGACGGCGAGGGCGAGAGCGGGACCUCCUUCAACGAGCUCUCCACCUCCAGCUCGGAAAGCCAGUCGGAGGCCGGCUCGCCCCAGGGCACCGUGGUGCGCGGGCCGGUGAGCCGGCAGCAGCGCAUCCAGACCCUGGACCGGGCGCCGAAGCGGGGGGAGCCGGCGCUGCCUCUGCAGCAGCACUCCGAGCGCUGCCGUAAGAGCGACGUGUUGCGUCCGGCGGCUUCGGGCGCCCGCGAGCCCGACGGCUGCCGCAGGAGGCCCCCCAAGGAGCGCAUGAGCGUCGAGCAGGAGCUCGAGAAGUGCAUACAGGACUUCCGCAAGAUCAAAAUCCCCGAGCGCUUCCCCGAGCGGAAGACCAUGUGGCAGUCGGACCUGCUUCGGAAAUACCGUCUGUGACGGGCGCGACUCCGUCCUCGGCGCUCCGCGUCGGCCGGUCGGACAGAUGGACGCGCUCGACGAAACCCGCGCGGACUCGAGCGUGCACCUGUGUGUUCCCGCAUCGCCUCCCCAGCGUCCCAGGCAUAUACU